AUGGAUGUUUUUGCUCGCCUCUUCAACAACACUGUAUCCAACAUCAUUUGCCAGCUUGUGAUGGGGAAACGGUUUGACUACAGCGACCACAACUUCCAGAUAACGCUAAAGUAUUUGUCUGAAGUUGUUUCGUUGGAGGGCACAACUUGGGGUCAACUCUAUGACUCCUUUCCCAGUGUGAUGAAGCACUUGCCAGGCCCUCAUAACAGAAUAUUCAGCAACUACAAAACCAUCCUGGACUUCAUCGGUCAGGAGGUAGAGCACAAGCAGGACCUGGACCCCAAUAAUCCCCGGGACUACAUUGACAGUUUCCUCAUCGAAAUGGAGAAUCACAAAGAAUCUGAUCUGGGCUUCGAUGAGACCAACCUGGCUUUGUGUUCUCUGGAUCUGUUUCUGGCUGGAACAGAAACUACCUCCACUACUUUGCAGUGGGCUUUGAUUUACCUCAUCAAAAACCCUGACAUCUAGGUGAAAGUCCAGGCAGAGAUAGACAGUGUGAUCGGACAAAUCCGCCAGCCCACUAUGGCGGACAGACCAAACCUGCCCUACACUGACGCUGUCAUCCAUGAGAUCCAGAGGAUGGGAAACAUUUUUCCCCUCAAUGGAUUAAGAAUGGCUGCCAAAGACACGACUAUUGGCGGUUACUUUAUACCCAAGGGUACUUCCCUGAUGCCCAUGCUGACCUCUGUGCUGUUUGACAAGACUGCAUGGGAGACUCCAGAUACUUUUAACCCAGGACACUUUCUAAAUGCUGAUGGAAAGUUUGUAAAGAGAGAAGCAUUCCUUCCUUUCUCUGCAGGGAAACGUGUGUGUCUCGGAGAAGGGCUGGCCAAGAUGGAACUGUUCCUGUUUUUGGUGGGCUUGUUUCAGAAGUUCUCAUUCUCUGCUCCUGAUGGAGAAGUGUUAAGUACAGAGGGAGCUAUUGGAGCCACACAUGUACCGCACCCCUUCAAGGUUUGCGCCAAUGUUCGCUGAAUUGUGCAGAAUUACAUUUUCCAUCCAACCAGAUUUAUGUAAGAUGUAACAGCGAUCUCCUUUACAUGCUAUUAUAAAUAAAUAACAAAUCAUUUGAAAACAAUUAAUCAACAAAACAUUCACAAAACAUUUAAUUGUAAAUAAUUGAAAUGUAAAAUAUUUCAAACUGUGCUUGAUUUAAAUAUGUCUUCCUCUGGCACAAUCUGGUGGUAAUAACAAGAAUGAUCAAGUAAUUCUAUGCUGAUGGAUCUGACCCUAGCACACAGACUACACCAGUUUUCAUCAAAAUUAUCACAUUUCCAGGAAUUAAAGCAAGAAAGUCAGGGGCCUAACACUGAUCAAUAGCCUAACAGUCUUCUCUGCUUCACAAUGUGGAUGUGUGGUUUGUUGCUGGGACUUGACAUCGGGAAUGCUGCUUUUCAAAUUUGCUGUUCUCCUCGUAGCGUAUUUUCUGAACAAAAACGAUCCACCUAACUUUCCUCUGGGACCACCGACUCUCCGUCUCUUAGGAAAUGUUGCCAGCAUUGAUCCUCUCUUUCUGACACCAGAAUACCAAAUGCUUUCGAACAACUAUAUGGCUGUGUCUAAAUUCAGGGGCUGCAUCCUUGUAAGGACGCAUUUUAAGGCCGGUUACGUCACAACGGCGCGCGAAAGCCUGUCCCAAUUCGAAGACUCCUCAAACGCAUGCUCAAACGCAGCCUCAAAAUGCGUCCUUGUUUUCCCAGUUCAUGAUAUAUUAUGCAUCAAUAAAUGCUUUCUAUCAAAAUGUCUUUCAUGUUAAUUAUAAGUUUUACAUUUUUUUCUGUAAGGACACUGUGGUGUACGGAGCCCCUCUGGUUACAUGGUCAAAAACAUUUUUAAAUUGUGGCCAAUAUAUAUAUCGUUGCCACGAAAUAAGUAUAACGUAUACACGAAAUACUAAUUAAUAAUAUUGAUAACAUUCCUGGAAAGCUGGGUAAGCAAAUCUAGCGCACAGGUCUAGAACCUACAAUAGCCUACGUACGGAGCCCCGUACGUAUCAGCUUAAAAAGUGCCUUUUCACUGAUCAUCUCCUUUGAAAGUAGCAUCAUGUGUGUCAGACUCUCAGCUGAGGGAAUACAUAGGCUAUGAACCGCAGCGUUUAAUGAUGCCACCGGACGAAGCCGCGCAGUUACAGUAGCGCUCACUGUAUGUAUCACGUUGCCGAGGGAACCUAUAGCCUAUCAGUGAUCAGUAUCUAGUUUGUAUUGAUUUGCAGGUUGUUGUUGGUCUGAAUGAACUACUGAAUGUGUCUGUAGUGUUCUCUGGACAUUUGUCCUUCAAUAAAAUCACAGAAGAUAAAAAAAGUUCCCUACAUGUAUAUUAUUGAUCAGUCUGACGUUUACCUACAGAUGAAAUGUGCUACAAUUCCUUUAAACCAUUAUGUUAACACUUUGAUGAUGUUUUUAUGGUUCCUUGCAAUCCCAGGCUUUUCAGAAUGUCUUUGUAGCUCAUUCCCAGCCUAAAAUAAAACUCUAUCAUACUGUCUCUGUCCAUCGUGUAGCUUUAGCCUCUGUAAUGCCUCUACCUUAGACCUUAGAGAAGGUGCGCUCGAUUUGCUUACCCAGCUGUCCAGGAAUAAUAUUGAUAUCAUUAAUUAGUAUUUCGUGCGCUCGUUAUACCUAUUUCGCGGCCACGAAUUAGUAUUUCGUGCGCACGUUAUAGCUAUAUUGUGGCCACAUUUUUUUUUUUUUGGACCAUGUCACCAGAGGGGCUCCGUAGUGGUGUUUUGCACUCUGACACACAGACAAUCCUGUGAACUUUGCAUCUAUAAAUGACACCUAAAGUCAAGGCUGUAUACAGCUGACUAAUAUAAUAAGUGUUGUGUGUUUUUUAGCCAUCAACUGUUUCUCAUAUUACUUAAUCUGUCUCAACAUCGAUAAUAAAUUCCCUGUAAUAUC